AAAUAUUUCGUGACCUGUAAGCAUCAGUGCUUAAAUUUCCGCGGAAUUCAUCCUUAAGCGUUGGAAACAGUCCGUGGAAUUAUCACUUUUACCAUUCUAUUUUGCCAUUGGGCUAUGAGAAUGCCUUACAGCUGAUGUGUGGGGGAGAACUGCGCGUGUUUUAUUUUACGAAGAUGACGGCUUUAGACGGUCCUAGGGCAAUGAUGUAAUGCAAUGGAGUCAAAAGUUACCUAGACUUUUCUCCAAGAUAUUCAGAAUGGUUUUCGGUUUUCAUGCUGCUUAGGAAAUGUCUUCUGUGAAAGUGGCUGUUCGAGUUCGGCCGUUUGCGAGCCGAGAAAACAAUCGAAACUGCAAAUGUAUAAUUGGGAUGCACGGACCUACCACAACUAUCCUAAAUCCAAGAAACUUGAGUGAAAAGCCCAAGAGUUUUAACUUUGAUUACUCAUACUGGUCUCAUGAUGAAAAUGAUGCCCACUUUGCAUCCCAAAAGCAAGUGUAUGCGGACAUUGGUAAAGAGAUGUUGGCACAUGCAUUUGAGGGAUACAACAUCUGCAUAUUUGCAUAUGGCCAGACAGGCUCUGGAAAGUCUUAUACAAUGAUGGGCAAACAAGAGGCUGACCAGAAAGGAAUCAUACCACAAGUGAGAUAUUAUGGAGCUACAUGGAAGAAGCAGUUAUCUAAAUUGAUGGAUAAUUGA